GGGCUCAGCGGUGUAAAAAGCGUAAGAGCUGGUCAUCACGCCGCUGAUAAUAACGUGUGUAUUAAUAAAGCAGUUAUUAAUAUCUGGCGCUGGAUGACAUCGAAGGAUAAAAUAGGAGGAUCUGAUUGGCGCUCCUGCUUUCGCUGAUCACUUCCUGUAAGCUUUCCUCGCCACCACAGUGACGUGAUCAAUAUUAGACUUAAAGGAGCUGAUAGUCGCCACUUAUCACAGUAUUCACUGUGCCGCCGUUAUCAGCGUGCAGGCAAAGGCUUUAUCUGACUUGAAGCGUGAGGAGACAACGCGCUUCUUAAGAGAUGAAAAGAUGCAGACGAAAGAGAGAAAGUCAGCAGUGAUGAAAAGCGAGUUUGGAGGAAAAUCCUCCUGGAUCCAAACCGGCUUUUGCUCAAAGAGCUGCACGUGUUCCAUCACGUCCCCCAUCUGGCUGUGUCCACAUCAGCGAGGAGGUGUCUGUAAUUAUGUCUUUUUUGUUGUUGUGUGAUCUCAAACCACAGAGAGGGAAAAACCUUCGCACGCACGCGCACACACGCACACACCAGAGCCAAAGAGAAUGGACUGAAGCCUGAGGACUCACUCUUAGUGUGUGUGUGAAAGCCAACCAUGUCAGCGUCGUGCAUCUGGGCCUGCUUCCUGUUCGCCAUCAGCGCCGCCGCCGCCGCCACGCAGGACAAGACGCCAGAUGUUACCGUGACCUGUCUGGUCUCAGAGGAGUGCCUCCUCCCCUGCAGCUUCCCGCUGGCCACAAAGGAGAGCGUCCGGUGGUUCCGGCAGGACGUGGUGGUCUUCAGCUUCCGGCGAGGAGACAACGGCAGCCAGACCGCAAGCCAGGUGUUCGCCGGCCGGGCCGCCAUGUUCCCACAACUGAUCUCUGGAGGCAACGCCACCUUGAUGCUGAAGGAGGUGGGUCUGAUGGACCGCGGCACAUACAGGUGUUACGUGCGCACCUCCAAGGGGGAACACAACGCCAAGGUGGUCUUGAAGGUGGAGGCGCCCAUCCAAGGCCUGUCUCUGGAGCUCUACAGGCUGAGUGGCUACGAGGAGAUGAAGUGCAUCGUCCGCAACGUCUUCCCACCGCCUCGGGUUACUUGGGCCACGGAACCACCCACCUUUGAGGACUUGCGACCCAUCACACGCAUGCUGGCUGACAAGCGGGGGCUCUACACGGCAGACAGCAGGCUGAGGACCCUGAGCGGCCAACCGGACCUCAUCUACGUAUGCAAAGUCAGCACUUCCUAUGGGGGUCCCACGUGGACGUCCUCGCUGCGGGAGAGAGAAAUAAGAGGAAGUGAGGGGCGUGACCUGACCAUCCCCUGCUUUGCUCCGCCCUACCUGAACAACCCCACCCUCCACUGGAGCUUCACCAACGGCGAGGACCCGGCGCACAUCCUCACCUAUGACAGCCGCUCGGGGGACAGCGUCUCCACGCCACCCUGGGACGACCACGUGGAGCUGGACGGCUUCAGGGUGCCUUUUGGGGACGGCUCCCUGCGCCUGAUGGACCCAGACCACGCCGUGCACACGGGGACGUACAGCUGCGUUUUCUCGGUGCCGUACAACACACACACGGAACGCACGGACGUCUCCAUCGAAGGCCCCACAGUGAAUCGGAGCACAUCGGAAGCGGCAUCAUACUGGUGGAUCGUGGCCCUGGCGGUGGCCGUGCUGAUUCUGGGGCUAGUGGCCAUGUUCGCUUACCUGAAGCUUAAAGGAAGCGCAGCCAAGCCACCCAGGAGAGACCCUGAGGAGGUGACGGAGCUGAACUCAGUCAAAGAUGUUGGUGGUGAGAGUCAGAUGAGCGAGGAUGGGCGCUUUCUCGCUGGUGGCACCAACGGACAGUCGGGCCUCUCUUGAGCCCACCAGCGAUUUUUAAUCCACAAACUUUGUGCAUAAAGUUACUCCUACUCCACAUAUUUGUUCCUGGUUGUACAAAAAAAAAAAACACAAAAAACCCCAGCAGUGACGUCAAAGAAGAAAAAAAAAACUUCAACUGGGAAUCAAGUCCAGAUGUUCUUCCGAGAAAGGGAAGAACCCACAAGAAAGCUGAUGUUUUUGUAGCCGACCCUUUGCACAGUUAACUGAGGGUCACUCGGGAGUCAAGACCAAAGCUUUUGGGAGGAAUGUUUGCUGCAGGGCGAAGCUUUUCUUCUCAGCAUCGCAACAAUACUUUUUGUCAAAUUCUCAGCAAUGUGCCUUUAAUAAAUAAUACAGAUCGUCAGUGCAUUGGAAUGAAUGAAGAAUGUGGAGGAUGCCUGUAGGGGUGCCCCCGCUGGGAAGGGCUCUAUCGCGAGUCUGACACCGCCUGCUGUGGGCGUGACGCAAGCGUGUGUGUUGAGAAAGAACUUUAAA